AUGCCGCAGGCGCAAUCGGCCCUCCAAGAUGGCCAAGAGCUGGCGGCAGCCCUUCAGGGCCGGUCCCAGCUCCAGGUGUUGCAUCUAAACGGCUACAACAUCGACAUCAGCGUCGAGGCCCUGGUGAAGGCCCUCCAGGGCCACGUCCUGAAGAGUUUCGUACUCCGCGACUGCGUGACAGACGAGGAGGCCCUGGCCUGCGCCCUCGAUGGAUGGGCUGGCCUACAGGAACUGGGCCUGCAAAGCAUGAUGGUCGGGCUCAACAGGCAUGAAGGCUCUUGCGCAGUCUCUCAGGGGCAUGUCCUUGCUUGA